ACUUCAUUUUCUCUCUACAGCUUUCAGUCUCUUUCUCGCUCUUUCUCUGCAACUUAUAAGCUUCGUUGAUGGCGUCUCAGAUCUAAGAAUCCGGAAGAGCAUAAUCAACACAGAAACGACUGUUCACUUCUGUGUUUGCUACGAAAUCUUGCUCCAUUUUUGCUUCACUAGUCGGGAUUAAUGCAGAAGAAAAUGGCAUGUUCGCUUCCGGAGGAGGUGAUGGAGCACGUGUUCUCGUUUAUAGAGUCGGAUAAGGACCGGAACGCGAUAUCGGUGGUGUGCAAGUCGUGGUAUGCGAUCGAGCGGUUGUGCAGGAGGAGGAUUUUCGUGGGAAACUGCUAUGCUGUGAGUCCGGGAAUGGUGAUCAAGAGGUUCCCGGAGGUGAGAUCCGUUGAGCUGAAAGGGAAGCCGCAUUUCGCGGACUUCAAUCUGGUGCCGGAAGACUGGGGCGGGUACGUUUUGCCGUGGAUCGUUGAGAUGGCCACGGCUUACCCGUGGCUUGAAGAAAUUCGGUUGAAGCGUAUGGUGGUUACGGACGAGUGCCUGGAGCUCAUCGCCAAGUCGUUUAAGAAUUUCAAGGUCUUGGUGCUCUUUUCUUGCGAGGGGUUCUCCACUGAUGGACUCGCUGCUAUCGCAGCCAAUUGCAGGAAUCUUGAAAUGCUUGACUUGCGGGAAAGUGAAGUGGAUGAUUGGAGUGGCCAUUGGCUUAGCCAUUUUCCGGAGACGUGUAAGUCCUUGGUGUCCCUUAACAUUUCAUGCUUAGGGUCAGAGGUUAGUUACUCAGCCUUGGAGCGACUAGUAAGUAGGUGUCCCAACCUGAGGACUCUUCGCCUCAACCGGGCAGUGCCAUUGGAUAAGAUUGCCAACCUACUUCGGCGUGCCCCGCAGCUGGUUGAACUUGGAACAGGUGCCUACUCUGCUGAGUUCCGCCAGGAUGUCUACUCAAACCUGGCUGAAGCAAUUUCGGACUGCAAGGAACUGAAGAGCUUGUCUGGGUUUUGGGAUGCUGUUCCAGCUUACCUUCCAGCAGUUUACUCAGCUUGCUCUCGGCUAACAUCACUGAACUUAAGCUAUGCCACCAUCCCAAGCACGGAUCUUACCACGCUUGUAAGCAAGUGCCCAAGUUUGCAGUGUUUAUGGGUACUGGACUACAUUGAAGACAGUGGCCUUGAAGCUGUCGCCUCGUGUUGCAAGCACCUCCAAGAGUUACGAGUAUUUCCAUCUGAUCCAUUUGGUGGGGAACCAAAUGUAUCCUUGACAGAACAGGGCCUUGUCUCUAUUUCUGAAGGCUGUCCAAAGCUCCAGUCAGUUCUGUACUUCUGCCGGCAAAUGUCUAAUGCUGCCUUGCUCACAAUUGCCAUGAACCGUCCAAACCUGACCCGUUUUCGUCUUUGUAUAAUGGACCCACAGACCCUUGAUUACAUGACCUGUCAGCCCUUUGAUGUUGGUUUUGGAGCUAUUGUGGAGCACUGCAAGGAUCUCCGCCGCCUUUCACUCUCUGGUCGCCUCACUGAUCGUGUGUUUGAAUAUAUUGGGACAUAUGCAAAAAAGCUAGAAAUGUUAUCCGUGGCUUUUGCUGGAGAUAGUGAUUUGGGACUCCAUCAUGUGCUGUCAGGGUGUGAAAGCCUCCGGAAACUAGAGAUUAGGGACUGCCCCUUUGGGGACAAGGCUCUUUUGACCAAUGCUACAAAGCUGGAGACAAUGCGAUCCCUUUGGAUGUCUUCUUGCUCUGUGAGCUAUGGAGCAUGCAAGUUGCUUGGUCAAAAGAUGCCCAGGCUGAAUGUUGAAGUUAUUGAGGAGAUACCUCCAGAUUCAAAGUCUGAAAACUGCUCGGUUGACAAACUUUACAUAUAUAGGACCGUUGCUGGACCAAGGUUUGACAUGCCUCCUUAUGUAUGUACCAUGGAUGAGGAUUCUGCAAUGAGGUUUUCUUGAUAGAUUCGUGGAUCAUGCCUCAAAGCCGUCGUAAUGUCUCCACGAAUCGAGAUAGCAGGUACAAGCUCCUCGUGCUAUUCAUUGAAUCAUUGUUCGAGAUUUAAAUCUUUAUGUAGCUUUAAUGUAAUAGCAGCCCUGAUUGGAAACCGCACGUAAUAUGGGAGGGUAUACAGAUGCUCUAUUGAGAGCUCAAUUGCCAUUCAUUUUACCUUUGGCUGAGCUAUGGGAUACCGAAUAGUGAUUAAUAAAGUGAUCAGAACUCCUAUCCUUGUUUGUGUAUUUAUCAGAGUUUUAUUGCCCUUGUACACUGUUUCCAGACUUUUGGAUGUUCGUGUGUUUGUAUCGCCAUUUUUGCGGGUAGUAAUCAUCUCAACUAUUUAUUCAUGUCAUUCUUGUUGGUCUCUUGGCGAUAAUAAAAUAUUAUAAGUUCA